CAGGAAUGGCAAGACCGAGAUAUAAAAAAAAGAAGAAGACAAAUACACCUUUAACCUAUAAACUAGAGUGGAUUUAGAUUCAAACUUUGAAAACUCCCAAGUUGUACUUGAAAAAUGAAUCUUUGGAAUGUGAAAGACUUGCCAAUUCCGCCAGUGACCACCUAUAGAGUAGAGGAAAAAAACAUAGAUUUGAAAAAACUUUUCAAAACUUGUGAGACAAUCAAGCAGUAUUUUGAGGAAAAUGAAUUCAUGAAAGCAGAAUACCUGGUGCUUUCACGUAUAGUUUAUCGUAUGAAGCAAAAAUUUCGUUCAGCAAAAGACUUCAAAGCAUUAGAGAAAGUUCACAAGGCUUUGGAGACCUUCUUCAGCAUACAAAUCCCUAAAUAUGUCAGGAUCUUCAUGGACCUGAUGCCACAGCAAUAUGAUCAUGAAACUUAUCUGCCCACUAAAAAUUUACUGGAUUACAUACUCCUAAGGUUUCAGGGGUUAGUAAAACUCUUGGACAGAAUUGUGGAAACAUGUAAAAUUGCAGGAUUUUUGUUGGAUGCCAGAAUGAAGGUUGGUCAUUUUUGGAAAGUAGCAUUCAUCUCAUUCUCUCUAAUUUCAAGAGUAUACAUUCUAGCCAAAUACAAUGCAAAUUGUAUUUGUGACUUUUAUUCCACUCUCUUCCCAUUCUCCAGUAAACUACAGAAUGCAAAAAAUAACUGGUUACCCAAAGAGUAUGUGCUUCCUAAUGACCUCAAAGCAUGGAUGAAUGUUGACUGGAUGGACAUUGAUGAUGAAAUUAAAAUCAUUGAUACUCCAACAGAAAUCCCAUAUAUAAUACAGUUCUUUGAUUUGAUUGAUGACGAUGAUGAUGAUGAUGUGGAAUUCUGUGAUGAAUAUGUGAUGGUGAAUGAUGAGUCAGAUGAUGAAGAAACUGAAACUGCAAAGAAGAAAAAUAAGACAAAAAGUCAGGUGAGUCAUUCUCUCAGAAAUAUCUUUGAUUCUGAUGAGGACUUAGGAGAAGUGAUAGAUAUCAAUGAUACCAUUUCUAUGGAUGAAGAAAAUACUGAUAUUGAUGGUGGAGCUAAAAAAAUCUGUGAUGAUAGUGUUAUAGAAAUCUUAGACUGUACCAGCAUGGACAGGAAAACUCAAGAUAGCAGCAAAAAGAUUGAAACAAAAAAUUCAAGAGUUUAUGAUACAGAUGAAGAUGAUGUGGUAGUGAUUGAUAGUGAGGAUACUAUUUCUAUGAUGGGCAAAAUUACUAAGGGGAAAAAGAAAAAAGUGAAAAAGAAAAAACAGAAGAUUACUAAGCCUAGUAAAAUAAUAAAUGAUUCAAAAUGCUAUAAUUCAGCUGAGGAUCUGGGAGUGAUUGCCAUUGAUGAUGAUAAUGAGGUUGAUGAGAUGAAUGAUGAAAGUGUGAUAGAAAUUGUGAGAAGUCCUGUGAUCAAAAAGAAAAAAAUCACUAAAAAAAGCCAAAAGACUAACAAACAAAAUAACACAGAUGAAGACUUAGAAGUGAUUGAUAUAAAUGGAAGUAUAUGUAAUGAUAGGAUCAUUGAAAUUGUUGACCAAUCAAUUGAUGGUCUUGUUGAAAAUGAAGGCAAAAAGAAGAAGAAAGUACCUUCAAAACUUAACAAAAUUAAAAGCAAACAAAGCUUGGGAAAACCUAAGAAUGAACAGCAGAAAAUGAAACAGAAAAACAUAAUUGAAGACUUAGAAGUGAUUGAUAAAAAUGAAAGUAUAUGUAAUGAUAGUAUCAUUGAAAUUGUUGACCAAUCAAUUGAUGGUCUUGUUAAAGAUCCAGUCAAAAAGAAAAAGAAAGAGAAAGUAGCUUCAAAACUUGUCAACAUCAAAGGAAAACAAAGCUUGAGAAAACCUAAGAAUAAACUACAGAACAAGAAACAAAAAAAUAUCAAGAAGAAGCAUUCUGAAAAUGGAAAUCCUAAGAAAGCCAAAAAGGCAAAACAAAAGCACAAUGAUAAUGAAAGUGAACUGAAACUAAGCAAUGCAACUAAAGUGAAAAACAAAAGGAAAUUAAGUGAACCUGCAUCUGAAAAUGAAUGUAUCAAAAAAAUCAAACUUGAAUUAUCAAAUUCUUCAUGUAAUAAUAAUAUGGAACCAAGAGAAGUAAUUAAGAAAGAAAAACAAACUCAGAAGUCUAACCAACCAAAACUCUCCUGUAAGCAACCUAAGUCUGAAUUAAAUUCAUCUGGACAGAAGACACAUUCUAAUGAAGCUGAUAGAUUAUUUGUUCAUCAUUCACAAAAUGGCAGGAAUAACAAGAAAAAAAAUCGAAGAAAGAAAAAAUUAGUUAGCAAAUGAAAUGAAUAAGGGAAUUAGGUAUAAUUGAAUGUUAUCAUUUUCAAGUUUAAUUGUUUGAUAUAUCAAUGAUAUAGUUGAUAGAAAACUCUAACAUAACUAUUGUUCCAAUUGUUUAUUGAAAACUGAUAAAAAUAUUUUGGAAUAUUGAAAUUUAAUUUCUUUGGAUUUUGAACAAAUUGUUAUACUA